GAUGACGUAGACCACCAGUGUUUUCCCUGGUUCUUCGUGUAAUGGCGCCGGUCAUCGAAGAAUGUAGGAGAGACUGAAAUAUUGAUCGCGUGUCGUGGAUAUUUCGGCUCCGAUUCGACAGGGUAGCCUGUCAGGAUUUUAAUAAUACCCAUCAUAUUUUGCUCCCAUCAAGUUAUUUUCGCCGGUUGAAGUUGUUUGAAGAUAGACCUCAGACCCGAUGUAUCCGUCAUGGGGUCGGUAUGGUGGGGGAGGGGCACACCUUCCGUAUUAUGGCGGAGCCGCUCAGCCUCCACUACCACCAGGGCCCCGUGUGCCGGCUCCGGGCAUGGUGGUUGGCGUUGGCUCCACCCUGAGCCCUACCACCGUACCCCCGCCCGUCUCCGGGGCCGGUUUAGCGUCCAACUUCCAGACCCUCCGGCAACAGCACCUUCAGCAGAUGCAGCAGCUGCAACAAAUGCACCAGCAGCAGUUACAGUCAGUGCUGCAGCAUCCUGCCCAUCAAAACCUUCCACCUCCGUCCAUACCGCCACCACCAUUGCCGCCUCAUCUACAGCAACCUCCACCACCUCAAAAUCUCUGGGACACCAGCAAUACCCAAAACCAACUAACUCAGACUAACCAACCCACUCAACAACAUCCAGAUUUCUCCUCCGUGGCUUUACAGUCAGCCACUGCGAGUACUCUGACAACACCUGGUGACAAGAAGUCCAGUGAUUUUUCCAAAGCGAUAAAUGGCUCCUAUCAGCAGCAGCAGUAUUGGUAUCAGCAGCACAUGCAAAACCUACAGAAGCAUGGGAACAAACAGUAUGGAGGACAGCAUGAACAGAACCAGAGUGAUGAAAUGAAUGAGAGCAGUGAAUCUGUGCAACAGAAAGCAGACGAGGCCAAAACUCCUUACACUACUCAGCCACCAUUGCCACCAGCUCCACCUUAUGAGGCUCCCAAAACACAACCACCACCUCCACCACCCAAAGAGGAGAUACCGCCCCCACCACCACCUGAAGAAGCAAAGCCUACUAUCCAACCUCCAGAGAAUCCAGAGGAAGCAGAAAGAUUGAAAAUGUUGCAGGCAGCUGCAGCUCAAUGGCAGCAACAGCGCAUAGAAUAUCAGCAGCAGAACAUGAUGCAACAACAUAAUCAACUACAGCAACUCCUGCAACAGUACCAACAGUUGAUGCAGCAAAUACAGCACAUACAGUCACUGCCUCUGGAGAUGCAGAUGAGGCACUUAGAAAUGCAGCAGCAACAGUUUAUUCCUCUGUAUCAAGAAUGGCAGCGACAGUUCCAGAUCUGGAAGGCACAGCUCCAAGCAUAUCCGAAUAAAGAUCAGCUCCAACAGUAUGAAACUCAGUGGAACCAGUGGCAAGAGCAAAUGAUAUCAACAAAUCAUCAUUUCCAGGAAAGAAUGGAUGCUCUCAGAAAUGUUCAACAGCAGUACAUGAACAGUCAAUCCCAGAGUUAUUUGGGAAAUACAUCAAGCAGUCUGAUGUCUCAGGCUGCACCAAUGCCACCCAUGGGAUUGCCUCCGACACCACCAAUUGCUGGUUCUUCUGUAGUUUCAACACAAGGAACAGCAACCUCACCAGCAGACCCAGCUUCUUCAGAACCAGAAAGCUCACCUGUUUCCAGGGCACUUCCGGUGGUGUCUCAGGCCCCACCAUCAUUAUCUCAAACUCCUUUGCCAGUGACUCAGGCACCUCCACCAAUGACAAUGGUACCCCCACCAAUAACUGUGCCACCUCCACCAUUGACUAUGCCACCUCCGCUUAUGAAUAUACCUCCUCCACCAAUAAAUCUGGCCCCUCCGCCGGUCUCUCUGGCCCCUCCGCCGGUCUCUCUGGCCCCUCCGCCGGUCUCUCUGGCCCCUCCACUGGUGACUCAGGCCCCACUGCCAGUUUCCCAAGGUCUGCCAUCAGCAUAUCAGGCUGCUACCCCAGUUUCUCAGAACGCUACAGCUAUCACAGAACAGAAGAGACCUUUAAUUCCUGCACCACAUGCUGAAGUAAAAGCAUCAUCUUCAAGUUCAAAUAUUCAUAAUAGUCGAUUUGCGACAUCUGGGAUUAAGUCAUCUGAGCUAUUGCAAACUGGAGACCACAGGAUGUCAAGGUUCGAUGGACCACAUGGCAGAGGAAUGCAAAAAUUUGAAGGACCAGGAGCAAAGGGAAGUUUUCAUUCACGUUUUGAUUUAAGGUGCUCUCGAUUUCAAGGCCACCAAUUUGAAGUAUCCCAGACAAGAUUCGAAGGACAGGCUUCAGGCCAGCAUGUUGAGGGUGAGACUGCAAACCAGCACACUGAGAAUAAGCCUGCAGUUCCAGUUGUUGAGAGUGAACUUGUAAGUCAGUUUGUCAAGGAUUCAGCUAUGGGUCAGCAAGUUGAUGAUGAAGUCCCGAGUCACCACCAUGAAGCUGAGGCUUUGAGUCUGGUUCCCAGUCUUGAAAAGCAGCCUCCUGGUAAUCGUUUUGAAAAGCAGCCUCCAGGCAAUCGUUUUGAAAAGCAGCCUCCUGGCAGUUGCAUUGAGAAACAGAGUUCUGGUACUCCCAUUGAAAAUAAGGCUCCCAAUAAUCGAUUUGAGAAACUCGAUCCUGGUGAUCUUACUGAGAAAGAGGGUCAAGAGAAGGAGGGCCUGAGCAGUCGCAUUGAGAAGCAGUGCCCUGGUACUGGCCCUGAGAAGGAGGGUCCCGGCAAUCGCCCUGAGAAGGAGGGUCCCAGCAGCCAUCUUGAGAAGGGGAAUCCCAGCAGCCACCUUGAGAAGGGGGUGGACAGUCAAGUUGAGAAGGAAGGCCUGGGUCCAGGUGGUCAUGUCAAAACGCAGGACCUGGCAACUUGUGUUGAGAAACAAGAUAGUCGCUUUGAGGAGCAGAUGCCUGGUAUUCGCCUAGAUGAACAGGGUUCAGAUAAUUCCCUUACGAAGCAGAGUCCCAGUAAUUGCUGUGAGGUGCAGAGCCAUAGCAACAGUAAUCACACUGAAAACCAGGAUGCAGAUAGCUGCUUCGAGAAGCAGGUUACUGGUAUUGGUGUUGAGCCACAAGGAUCAGUUAAUCGUUUUGAUAAACCGAGUCCAAGUAAUCGCAUUGAGGCCCAGGAUGGUCUCAUUGACUCGCAAGACCUCAGCAAUCGUUUUGUGAGCCAGGGACGAGCAAAUCAAAAUGAAGAUCAGAUUCUUGAAGGCCUGGACAGCAAUCGCACUGAUGGCCCAGGGAGCAAUCGUUCUGAUGGCCCGGGCAGCAAUCGCUGUGAUGGCCCUGGGAGCAAUCGCUUUGACGGCCGGGGGAGCAAUCGCUUUGACGGCCCGGGGAGUAAGCGCUUUGACGGCCCAGGCAGCAAUCGCUUUGACGGCCCGGGGAGUAAGCGCUUUGACGGCCCGGGGAGCAAUCGCUUUGACGGCCCGGGGAGCAAUCGCUUUGCCGGCCCGGGGAACAAUCGCUUUGACGGCCCGGGGAGCAAUCGCUUUGACGGCCCGGGGAGCAAUCGCUUUGACGGCCCGGGGAGCAAUCGCUUUGACGGCCCGGGGAGCAAUCGCUUUGACGACCCGGGGAACAAUCGCUUUGACGGCCCGGGGAACAAUCGCUUUGACGGCCCGGGGAACAAUCGCUUUGACGACCCGGGGAACAGUCGCUUUGACGGCCCGGGGAGCAAUCGUUUUGACGGCCCGGGGAGCAAUCGCUUUGACGGCCCGGGGAGCAAUCGCUUUGACGGCCCGGGGAGCAAUCGCUUUGCCGGCCCGGGGAACAAUCGCUUUGACGGCCCGGGGAGCAAUCGCUUUGACGGCCCGGGGAGCAAUCGCUUUGACGGCCCGGGGAGCAAUCGCUUUGACGGCCCGGGGAGCAAUCGCUUUGACGGCCCGGGGAGCAAUCGCUUUGACGGCCCGGGGAGCAAUCGCUUUGACGGCCCGGGGAGCAACCGCUUUGACGGCCAGGGGAGCAACCGCUUUGACGGCCAGGGGAGCAACCGCUUUGACGGCCAGGGGAGCAAUCGCUUUGACGGCCCGGGGAGCAAACGCUUUGAUGGCCAAGGGAGCAGUCGCUUUGAUAGUGCAGGGCACAGGGGUCACUUUGAGGGCCCAGGCCCAGGAGGUUGUUUUGACGGUCCAGGCCCCGAGGGUCACUUUGAGGGGCCUAGACCUGGGGUGCCCUUUGAUGGUCCAGGAUCCAGGGGCCGCUUUGAGGGGCCUGGGCUGGGGAAUCGCUUUGAGAGCCAGGGAUCCAGGAAUCACUUUGAGGGUCAGGGUCCCGAGAGAUACUUUGAGGGCCAGGGACCUGGGAAUCGCUUUGGGGGCCAGGGUCCCAGGGAUCGGUUUGGGGGGCAGGGACCGGGAGGCUGCUUUGAAGGCCAGGGCCCUGGGGGUCGCUUUGGGAGCCAGGGUCCCGGAGAUCACUUUGGGGGCCAGGGUCCCGGAGAUCGCUUUGGGGGCCAGGGACCCGGAGAUCGCUUUGGGGGCCAGGGACCAGGAGGCUGCUUUGAGGGUCAGGACCCUGGGGGUCACUUUGAGGGCCAUGGUCCUGGAGGCCAGUUUGAGGGCCCAGGCCGUGGGGGUCGUUUUGAGGGCCCAGGCCGCGGGGGUCGUUUUGAGGGCCCAGGUCGCGGGGGCCGCUUUGACAGCCCUGGCCGCGGGGGUCGCUUUGAGGGCCAGGGAGCAUUCAAGGGUCGCUUUGAUGGCCAGGGGGCCUCUGGGGGUCGCUUUGACAGUCAUGGGGGCCCUGGAGAUCAUUUUGAGGGUCAGGGACCUGGAGGCAAUUUUGAGGGUCAGGGCCCAGUUGAUGCUUUUGAAGGCCAGGGACCUGGGGGUCGUUUUGAGGGCCAGAGCCGGGGAGGUCGCUUUGAUGGCCAGGGCCGGGGAGGUCGCUUUGAUGGCCAGGGCCGAGGGGGUCAUAUUGAGGGCCGGGGCCGCGGGGGUCGCUUUGAGGGCCAGGGCCGAGGGGGUCGUUAUGAAGGCCCUGGCCGGGGAGGUCGCUUUGAUGGCCAGGGCCGGGGGGGUCGCUUUGAUGGCCAAGGCCGGGGAGGUCGCUUUGAGGGUCAGGGCCGGGGAGGUCAUUUUGAGGGCAGGGGUUCAAGUGUUCAUUUUGAAGGCCAAGGUCCUGGAGGGCAUUUUGAGGGGCCAAGUCAGGGAAGACACUUUGAAGAACAGGGUCAAAUGACCCGUUUUGAAGGCCAGGAACGUGGCGGUCGCUUUGAUAACCUGCAUCCAACGGCUCAUUUUGAAGAGCACUCAGCUAGUCAUGGGCAACAUGUUGAUGGUUAUAAAACAACAUCGCAUUUUGACAGCCAGGGACAGUCUUUUGAAGGUCCUGGUGCUUCUGAGUGGUUUGAGCAUUCAGGUCAAGGGCAGCACAUUGAAAGCCAGGGACAAGGGCAACGUCUUGAAGCCUCUGGUGCAAAGUUUCAUAGUUCACGGUUUGACAGCCCAAAGGGACCAAGAUUAACUGGGCCCCGUGGGCAUUUCCCCACUGGACCAUGUGUAUCUGGUUCAAGACCCAAAGGCCUUCAAGUCAGAACUGAACAAAUGGGACAAAGUUUAAAAGGGCCCCAGUCUUCUCAUCCAUCAUUAGAACAAGGUGAGGAUCAAACAAAACGAGCUGGAGUCCAGGAGCAAGAGACAGUAGCUGUAUGCAAAGAUGUAAAACAAAAUGCUGAUAAAGUAUCACCAGCUUCAGUGGAACAUAAAGAUGAAAAAAAUCUUUCCCAUACACCAUUGGCUGCUACAAGUCAUAAAAAUUCAGAUUCAUCUGGAACUAAAGAUUUGACACAAAGUGUUGAUUCAUCUAAAUCACAUGAAAUUCAGAAGAAAGCAGACAAUUCUGAGUUAGCAACUUCUUCAGUUAUUGUCACUCAGGACCAAAAAGAUCCAGUUGUGCAAAAUGUACCUAAAACACUGCCUUCCAAUUCAUCAGCUGCCGCAAAGGCUGUAUCUGAGAAAUCAGAGCCCAAAAAUGUAGAUACCAACAAAAGGUUUGAAUCUGUACCAUUGCAUCCAAAUAAUGAUCGAGCAAAAGGCCUAGAGCAUCGGCAACACAUUGGCAAAGAUUAUUCCUCUAUCCGUAAAAAUGAUGUUGACAGUAAUAAAGAUGUUCCAGAAAUAAGACCAUUGCUACAUCACAGGAUAGACAUUCAGGGACAUUGGCAUCAGGAGGAAGGUAGAUCUUUGGAUGAUCAUUUCUCUGGACCAAGGGGAGGUCCAGCUUUUGAAAGAGAGAGAACUCUAUCUUGGGAAAGGGGAAAUUGGACUGACACUGGCUCAGAUUUUUGGGAUGAAAGAGAUCCAUUUAGAAGAGAGGAGUGCUCACUUCUUCGGCGACCACCUCUGCCUCAUGAAAUUUUAGACAGAAGGGAAAUUCGAGCUCCACAUCAAAUUGAAGGGUUUGACAGAGGCUUUGACAGAGAAUUUGACAGGAGUGGAAGGUCACGUGAACAUGGUUUUAACAGAGACAAUGAACAUGAUAGAGAAUACUUCCACAGACGAGAAGAAUGGGACCUUCGUGGUUCUGGAAGGGACUUUUCUCCUUUACACCCACGGCCAGAUAGAUGGAGAGAGGAGCAGUGGAGGGAUGAAAAGGAACGGAGCUACCAUCAUGACCAAGAACGGGAAAUGUGGGGUCAGGACUAUGCAGAGAGGCCAGACUGGAGAAGGGAUGAACGUGAUUUUCCUCCAGAAAGGCUUGGAUGGCAGAGAGAACAGAUGGAUGAAAGAAGAUAUCCAGACACAGACAACAGGCGGUUACCUUUUGACAGUUUGCGUGAGAUGCCAUCACAGACUGGUCCUGUUCGUGCACCUGUUCUACCUGAACAGCCACCAGUGCCUUUCUCUGAAAAACCUAUGGUAGACCAAACACCCGGCGGACAAAAUAUUGUUGCAUUGUCAGAAAGAGAACAUGAAAUCAUCUUAAAAGCAGCGCAAGAAUUAAAAUUAUUACGUGAGCUACAGGAGAUUGAGCGAGUACCUCUUCUACCUAGCAAAACAGAUUCAGCAGGAAUUACUCCUGUAAUUCAAGAUUAUCAGAAUAGUAAAACUGGUCAAGACUUCUAUAAGGAUAUGUCAAGUAAUGAAAGUUCUUUACUUGGCCCUGUGCCACCUGAAAAUCCCAUCCAGUCCGAACGUUGGGACACAGAUACAUUCCAUGGUUUGUGGGACUCAGGAACUGAACCCAAAAAUCCUGACUCCAAUUAUGCUUACAGUGAAGCUUCAUCAGUCUCUACCACUCCACUGAACAAACAACCACCUAUUCAGAAAACUGUUGAUUAUGGACAUGGGCGUGAGGUUGGAGGUGGAAGAAUUGAACAGAUCCCUUAUGGAGAACGCGUUUCACUUGGCCCUGAGCCAAUACGAGAACGGAUGUAUGAUAAAGAUUCUCUUGGUCCUCGAGAUCGUUAUGGGGAACGAGAUCAAUUUUUGGAAAGAAGAGAUUCAUUCUUGGAUCGGAGAGACUAUGAUAGAGAGCGUGACCUAUACAGGGACAGGUCAAUGGGAGAUUAUGAGAGGGAAGGAUUUGAGCGUGAGCGAUUUGGGCGUGAGGAUAGAAUGUCUCAUGGCCCACCCACUCGUUCAAGUGGAUAUCACAACUAUCCAGACAGUAAGGAUCACUUCAAUCGAGGGGGAUUUGACAGACCACAGUUUGAUCGCUUAUCUGAUCGACCACCAUUUGAUCACCCACCUGGUGGUUUUGGAGGGGAAAGACGAGGAUACUCUGACGAACGGAUUCCACCUUCGGCCCCACAUCCAUCACAUCCUCCUCCACGUGUUGAAAAGAAACCAGAAAGUAAAAAUGUUGAUGAUAUUCUAAAAAUGCCUGGCAGGCAGAGCCGGCCUGACAGGAUUGUAGUUAUUAUGCGAGGACUCCCUGGAAGUGGGAAGACACAUGUUGCUAAACUCAUUCGUGAUAAGGAGGUGGAGUAUGGAGGAGCUGCGCCACGCGUUCUCAGCCUGGAUGAUUACUUCAUGACUGAGGUGGAAAAAGUAGUCAAAGACCCAGACAGUGGCAAGCGAAUCAAAAAGAAGGUCCUAGAGUAUGAAUAUGAGCCAGAAAUGGAGGACACAUACAGAAGCAGCAUGUUCAAAACAUUCCGGAAAACACUAGAUGAUGGCUUUUUCCCCUUCAUCAUUGUCGAUGCCAUCAACAACAGGGUCAAACAUUUUGAGCAGUUAUGGAGUGCAGCCAAAACUAAAGGCUUUGAGGUUUAUAUUGCAGAAAUGAGUGCAGAUAAUCAAACCUGUGCCAAGAGGAACAUUCAUGGACGUAAACUAAAGGAAAUCAACAAGAUGGCUGAACAUUGGGAUUCAACUCCCCGCCACAUGUUACGUUUAGACGUCAGAUCACUGCUCCAAGAUGCUGCAAUUGAAGAAGUUGAAAUGGAGGAUUUUGAUCCAAAUACUGAGCAGCAGCCACAGCAAGAGGAAGAACAGCAACAAGACGACUCUAAGAAGGAUGCUGCUGAUGAUGAAGAGUGUGAGACGGGUUUCGUGACAAAAAGCAAAUGGGAAAUGGACACAUCGGAGGAAAGUCUAGACAAGCUGGAUGGAUUAAGAAGCAGCAAUAAACGGAAGCGAGGCUGGCAUGACAGCAUUGCACAUCGACUGGAGGAUUACCUUCAGCUUCCUGAUGACUAUAACACUCGUUCUUCGGAACCUGGAAAGAAACGGGUGAGAUGGGCAGACUUGGAAGUGGAGAAGGAUGCUGAGCGAAAACGAGCCAUAGGAUUUGUGGUUGGACAAACAGAUUGGGAGAAAAUAACAGAUGAAAAGGGUGAAUUAGCCCAGAGAGCAUUGAACCGCACUAAAUAUUUCUAAGAAAAGUAAUUGGACUGUUUUUACAGUGAGGCUCCACAAUAACAGUGGAGAAGGCUGGCAAAAGAUCUUUUGUAGAGAUUGGACAGCCAAGAAAUUUCACAAGUCGUUUUGAGUUUUUCGUUUUAUUUUACUGUUACACUGUACGAGCACUAGACUAUUUAGGUGGUUGACUUAUUAGCAGCCUGUGAGAAUAUUUUUUAAAGGGUUAAUCGAUAGUGUUAUCUAAAACUAAGUUGAAACCACAUUAAUUGUAAUCGAGUGUGUCCUGAGCCUGCUAUCAUGGCUUUGCUUCAUCAGCUCGUGUUUUUUUUUAUAUACUGUAUUGCUGUAUUGUUCCUUUUUUUGUCAUGCCAACUGUAAUUUUAAGGAGCAAUAAAGUUAACUUGAAACCAUGGAACAGUUCAUGUGUCUGCACGCAA